UUGAUUGAGGAGUUGCCUUGAGCGCACCUCUACUGUGAUCGUAACAUAUGGCGAAUGUUCAGUAUUCCUUCAUGUUACUGUAAAAGGUUGUGUCGUUUAUUACAGUUUCUGAAAAUUAUUGUGAAUUGAAAAUGAAGGAAGAUUUGUACAACGACAUAAUGAAUACAAUCCGUUCAUUUCGCGGUCUAUCAAUAGAUUGCGAAAGAAUGCUAACAGAAAAAUACAACAGUAUUUCGCCAUACACUCUGAACAGCAUAUUGUCCGCGGAAGUACAGCGACAAAUGAAAAUAUGUCAUGGUAAACUUUUCAGGAGUAACAAAAACUACUUGACAAAUUAUCACAAGGCUAUUAAACGUGGAGAACCUGUGGGAAUACUCAUACGAAUAGCAAAACAGCUGCAAGCCCCUCCAGCAUUAUUGGCACGGCAUGUUUUGGAAAAACAUUAUGAUAUUGCAAAACCAAAUACUCCAAAAGCAGAAUUGAAAAAACAGUUUAAAGAUACCACUCUCAUAGAGGAUAAAGAUCUUGCAUAUGAAGUUUAUUUGUGUACAUUAUUCGAUGAUCAAUAUGGACCCAUUGCAGAUGCAAUUGGACGCUCUGUGGGUCAAAAAUAUGAAGCACUCCUACAAACUUACCUGACUGAAAGAAAUAUAGCUUUUCAUGACGAAGAGCAUCUAAGACAAAAGGGCUAUGACAAAACCCCAGACGUUAAACUGGAAGUACCAAUUGCCGUGAAUGGCUUUGUUAUCAAUUGGAUUGAAUCGAAAGCUCGUUUCGGUAGUGCCGAUAUGCACAAAAAAUAUAUCAAAGACCAAUUCUCAAGUUACUGGAAUCGUUUUGGACCAGGGUUAGUGAUUUACUGGUUUGGUUUUCUUGACACGUUGGUUCAACCUAACGAAAAGAAUUUCAUCAUCAUGGAUCACUUUCCAGAAAAUAUUACCUACAUGAAUCCUAGUUCCAUGAAGCCCUUGCAAUGAAUAUCUGUAUGUAGCACUACUAUAACUAUACUUUGUACAACUUCUCUACUACCUCUGUACAGUAAUAAAAAUAUUUCCUCAA